UGCUAGUCCGCUAACUUCAGUGUGGUCAGCCAACCGAAGCAUGAGGGUCCGUGUUGUGUCCAUUUUAUCUCUUUGGCUUUAAACGGUAAACAUGUCAUCUCGAGAGUGAGGGUAUGGUCGGUAUUUUUGUUGUUUUUUUUUCCGAUUUCAGUCUGUAUGAAACGGAAACGCUUCCGUUCGAGAACGACGAGGUCCUCCGUCCGUAUCCCUCACCUCCUCCGCUAGCGUCCUGUGACGGCUUCUAUCUGUGAUGUGAUUGUGCAUAACUGCCGUGGAGGGAAGUUAUAAUUGACAUUAUCACAGCCGAAUGGCUGUAGCACCGGCCUGUCGCUGUUUGUUUCACGCCCGGGCUCUUUCUCAGACAGCCGUUUGAGUUCAGCGACGGGAGGGACGUUUUGCUGGGCGGAUUGAGAGAAGAGACCGCAUCCAGUUCAAAGUCUGAAAAACAACAAGAUGUCUUUCUUCAAUUUUCGGAAGAUAUUCAAGCUGGGGCCGGAUAAAAAGAAGAAGCAGUACGAACACGUACACAGAGACGUGAAUCCGGAGGAAAUUUGGGAAAUAAUCGGUGAGCUGGGAGAUGGCGCUUUUGGGAAAGUGUAUAAGGCUCAAAACAAGCAGAACGGGACCCUUGCCGCUGCUAAGGUGAUUGACACAAAGACGGAGGAUGAAUUGGAGGAUUACAUGGUGGAGAUUGACAUUCUGGCCUCCUGCAACCACCACCACAUUGUCAAACUGCUAGAUGCUUUCUACUUUGAGGGGAAACUUUGGAUUCUGAUUGAGUUCUGUGCUGGCGGUGCGGUCGAUGCCAUCAUGCUGGAACUUGAGAGACCCCUGACUGAGCCCCAGAUCCGGGUGGUGUGUAAGCAGACACUGGAGGCGUUGACGUACCUUCAUGAGAACAAGGUCAUCCACAGAGACCUGAAAGCUGGAAACAUCCUCCUCUCCCUGGAUGGAGAAGUAAAACUCGCUGAUUUCGGUGUGUCGGCUAAAAAUACCAACACAUUACAGAGAAGAGAUUCUUUCAUCGGCACUCCAUAUUGGAUGGCUCCGGAGGUUGUGAUGUGUGAAACUUCCAAAGAUCGUCCGUAUGACUACAAGGCCGAUAUCUGGUCCCUGGGAGUGACCCUCAUAGAGCUGGCACAGAUCGAGCCGCCCAACCACGAGAUGAAUCCCAUGAGGGUGCUGCUGAAAAUAGCCAAGUCUGAACCGCCCACUCUGAUGCACCCCUCUCGCUGGUCACCAGAAUUCAAUGACUUCCUGCGAAGAGCGCUGGACAAAAAUGUGGACAAUAGGUGGAAUUCAACACAGCUACUGCAGCAUCCCUUUGUGACCAGCGUGACUGACAGCAGACCUCUUAGAGAGCUCAUAGCUGAAGCCAAAGCAGAGGUCACAGAAGAGAUUGAAGACAGCAAAGAAGAGGAAGAGGAGGAGGAACCUGAUACUCCUGCGGCAGUUCCUGGGCACAAAAGAGCACCAUCAGAUGUCAGCAUGGCCAGUUCAGAGGAAGACAAAGUCCCACCUACUCCCUCCAACCUGGAAUCUGUUACAGAAAAAAUUGAAGCUGAGCCCGUGGAAGACCGGAGCAGCGAUAAGCUCUCGGACGAAGGACUCGGAACAAGCGAAGUGGACAAAAUGGAGGACGAGAAGCUCGAUGAAGUUUCUGCCAGCAACGAGGAUCUGACCCCUGCACCAACCGAGACGAGCAAAGACCUGACUUCACAGGAUUCUGCAAAGGUUCAAGUGGAUGUUGAUCAAACUGAAGAGAUCUCUGGUGAGGCGGCAGUGUCGAAGUCAGAUGAAGCUGUGGAUUCCCAGAAACCUCCCUCAGAAGUUGAAGAAGCUGAGGAACCGAAGGAGACAUCAGAGAAAAUGGGCAUGGAGGAGGAUAUUACCCAAGACAAAAUGAAGCCAGAUGAAGACAAACAGCAGGCACGUGAAGACAGUGCUGCAGAUUCAGUUGAAUCACAAGAAAAUCCUGAAGGUACAACAGCAAAUGAAGUAGCUGUGGUUGAGGAAGAAAGCACAGAUUUAAAGGAGGAGAUCACCAAACACAUGAAAGUGACAGAAGACCGAAUCAAAAACAUCACCGAUGAGACCAUUGAAAAUGUUGAUACUUAUAAUUCACAGUCAAAUUUAAUAGACACAAAAAUAAAUGGAGACAUAGACAGCAAGUCUAGUGUAGAGGAGACUUCCACUGAGGCUGUUUUAGAAAACAGAAGCACAGAAAAUCAGUCAGAGGAGACAAACGACGAAGUCCCCAAAGAGUCCGAGCCGCCAAAACAAACAAAUGAGAGGAAAGUGGAGGAAGAACUCGAGGAACGAGCACCAAGUGAAUCUAAUCAAAUCAGCGGUGACGUCAAAGUUUCUGAACAUGGAGUUAUCUCUCAGGACGUCUCAGUUAAGGAAGAUGGAGAAAAGGGUACUCAGGCAGAUGAGGUCACCUCACAAGACGGCGUCUCUGUCCAGGAGAGUGAAACCGACUCAGAAAGCAGGAUGGAGCACGGAAGCCCUGCUGUGGCCAAGUCAGACGUGGAGAAGGACUCUGACUCAGGGAGCAGCUCUGCUGCCGAUAGCAACAGCCUCGACCUUAAUCUGUCCAUCUCCAGCUUCCUGUCCAAGAGCAAAGAAGGAGGAUCUAUAUCUAUGCAGGAGUCAAAACGUCAGAAAAAGACUCUGAAGAAGACCAGGAAGUUCAUGGUAGAUGGUGUGGAGGUCAGCGUGACAACAUCAAAGAUAGUGACGGAUAAUGAUGCCAAAAGUGAGGAGAUGAGAUUCCUGAGGCGGCAGGAGCUGAGAGAGCUUCGCCUCCUUCAGAAAGAGGAGCAAAGGGCCCAGCAGGAGCUGAGCAACAAGCUGCAGCAGCAGAGAGAACAAAUCUACCGGCGCUUUGAACAGGAAACUACUGCAAAGAAACGUCAGUAUGACCAAGAGGUGGAGAACCUUGAGAAGAAGCAGAAGCAGACGAUCGAGCGACUGGAACAAGAUCACACCAGCCGGCUUCGAGACGAAGCUAAGCGCAUCAAAGCGGACCAGGACAAAGAGCUGUCCAAGUUCCAGAACAUGCUGAAGAACAGGAAAAAGGAGGCCGUUCAGGAGGUCGGACAGUCACCCAAACACAUGAGAAAAGAGCUCAUGAAACGCUUAAAAGAGGACCUGGCACUCCUCCAGACCGCAGAGGAGCAGGAGUUCCUGCAGAAGCAGCAGCAGGAGCUGGACGGCGCGCUGAAGAAAAUCAUCCAGCAGCACAAACUAGAAAUAGCCACCAUCGAGAGAGACUGCCUCAACCACAAACAGCAGCUGCUGAGAGCACGAGAGGCAGCAAUGUGGGAGCUGGAGGAGCGCCACCUGCAGGAGAAGCACCAGCUGCUCAAGCAGCAGCUGAAAGACCAGUACUUCAUGCAGAGACAUCAGCUGCUGAAGCGGCAUGAAAAAGAAAUGGAGCAGAUGCAGCGCUACAACCAGCGGCUGAUAGAGGAGCUGAAGAACAAACAGAAUCAAGAGAGGGUUCGCCUGCCCAAAAUCCAACGCAGCGAUGCAAAGACUCGCAUGGCCAUGUUCAAGAAGAGCCUCCGCAUCACCGUCGCCGCGGCCAUGACGCCUGACCAAGAGAGGGAACGCAUAAAGCAGUUUGCUGCGCAGGAGGAGAAGAGGCAGAAGAACGAGAGACUCAAUCAGCACCAGAAACACGAGAACCAGAUGAGGGAUCUGCAGCUGCAGUGCGACUCCAACAUCCGCGAGCUGCAGCAGCUGCAGAAUGAGAAAUGCCACCUGCUUAUUGAACACGAGACCCAAAAGCUGAAGGAGCUGGACGAAGAGCACAGCCAGGAGAUAAAAGACUGGAGAGAGAAGCUCAGACCGAGGAAGAAGGCGCUAGAGGAGGAAUUCACGCGGAAGCUCCAGGAGCAAGAAGUUUUCUUCAAGAUGAGCGGGGAAUCCGAAUGCCUUAACCCCACCACCCAAAGCCGGGUGUCCAAAUUCUACCCCAUCCCAAACCUGCAGAACUCGGGUUUAUAGCCUCGUGUUUAUGUUCCUGAAAAUAAACUCCAGUCAGACUUUUAUCUCCCGCCCACCCCGUAUCCCUGAUGGGAGUUUUUUUUUUUUUUUUUUUUGUCAUUGUUCUUUUUGUCUCCGAUAAACAUCAAAAUGUAAUUUGUGCUUUGAUUCAACAGUCAGUGAGCUUGAUGUGCCUACACAAUGUUCCCUCACCUAAAAGCAUUUUCUCAGCCUGCUGGGAAAUAUCUUAGUAAUAUGCACUUUUUUGAGCAUGAGAAGACUUCCAAGAUUUACGGUUGUUAGCUAAGAUCAGCCAUGCUUGUCAGAUUAUUAGAAGCACAGCCUGAAACAGCAUAAAUAAUCUCCAGUGCCUCACAAACACGCUUGCACACACACAUCCCCUCCACACUCCAUUUCUGACAUUUUUACCAUUCGCAGUAAAUAAAUGAAACCCUUGAAUGUUUUGCACUUAAACAAAGCGGUUGUCCUUGUUGCAUUUCACAUUAUCUGGUGAUCAAAUCCAUUUGGUAAAAAAAAAAAAAAUAAGUCUGUGGCUGCAUGUAAAGUAGAUCUGAGAGAAGAAAAGAGAAGUGUAUUUACUGUGCAUACUGCAUCUAAUGUCAUAAGGGCAUCAAAAAAAAAAAAAAAAAACGUCAUAAAGCUGUAUCCAAAAAACUAGAACGUACCGUGUUCGUGUGACUACAGAAUAAUCAAAAGUGUGCUUACCAACAGCAUUUCUGUCUCAUCCAGAGACAAAGUGAUGUAUUUAUUUAUGACAUACUGUUACUCUCCCUCGCCCCAAAGUGCUGUAAACACCGCCAUCCUGUUCAAAGAAUAGAAAUAAGGUCAGUUAUUUGGAGCAGCAUUCGCACAAACGGAUGGUUUGUCGUAGAGUUUGAAUUGUAAAGGAAUGUAACUGCACUGGUUCGCCACUUGAGUUCAAGAAUAUUCAUGAAGGUUCAGAGACUUGAUCCUUUGCCUCACUGAAGCCUAUCGAAACUCCAGAUGACUGUAAUGUUUCAGAGAUUUUUCUCUUUAAUUAUUGCGCUCAAUUUUUUUUUUUUUUUUUUUUGGCAUCGUUUUGGUUUUCUAACGCUUCCCUACCUUGAUGCUGUCGUUGCUUAUCAGAGUACCUGUUACUGUAUGAAUGUUAGCAUCUGAAGCUUUCAGCUGUAUGUUACAUCAUCAUAUUAAUUUGUUGCUGCUCUGUGGUAUAUUUUCUAUACGAUGACUUGAACAUCAUUUUUUAAUGAAUGCUGGAUUUUUCUUAGUUCUUAGAUUUCUUCGUUUUUUUCCUUUUCAGUUGCAUCGUUUUCAAGCGUCACUCUCCCAUCAUGAAUAUUCCUAUAAUAUGCAUUUUUGAUGUCAGAUCUAAUGUAUUUAAUGCAUCUUUAUAAAAUGCCCAUUUUUCUUUUCUUGUAAAUAAAACCCUGACUGUUUAUUUGAA